AUGUCUCCGGCGAUUCGCGCGCCUUCCGCACGCCCUCGUCGCCCGCAAUUUGUCGGCUCGUUCCGCUCUUUCCGGCUUCUGUAUUUCCUCCUCAUUGUGUAUCUUGCUCUCAAGUAUCUCUGCCUCCAACGCUGCUCCUCCCCCUCUUUCUCCCCAGAAUCGCCUUGUUCCUUAACACCCCCCACCCUUUCCCCUCCUCCCCCCCCCUUCCCCUCAGCCGCCCCCAUCCAGGGCGCCUGCGUGCGGUUUUCCCUGGCGGACAUGUUAACCGCGACGAACCGCUGGGCACUGCAGUUGCUGGUGGGCGACGGGUACCGCCUCAUGUUCAGGGGCGUGGACCCGCGCGACGGCGCCACCCCGUGGCUCCUCAAGCGCUGCCGCGCGCGCGCGUUCGACGAGUUCCACGCGGAGGUGCGAGGGGGGGAUGAGGAGAGGAGGGGGGGGGGGGGGAGUGCCCAGUCUGUGGAGCCGAUGCAGGCGAAGGAGGAAAGUACACGUUUGAAGAACUGCUUCCUCCCCUCGUCUUACCCUCUCCCUCCCAUCCCACCCGUCCCCCACCCUUCCUUCUCCGCCCUCCACCCUUCCUUCUCCGCCCUCCACCCCCUGGCGUGCCUUCCCCGCCCCCUCCCCCUGGCGUCCCCCCCCCCCCCCCCUCCCCCUGGCGUGCCUCCUCCCUCCCCCCCCCGCCCCCUGGCGUGCCUUCCCCGCCCCCUCCCCCUGGCGUGCGCGCCAUCAAGGGGCAAGCAGGUGACGGAGAUGGGCAACAAGAACCACCCCAACCUGGUGCGGCUGCUGGGGUACUGCGACGAGCAAGACAAGCAGGGCCGGUGGGAGAAGGUCGUGGUGUAUGAAUCCAUGCCUGCUGGCAGCCUGCUCGACCAGUUUCAACCGGGUGGGUCACGCAUGCCGCAUCACACACACACCUCUCGUUCUCACUGA